AUGUUUGAGACUCUUGGCACGGAUUUCUUCAAAAAUGUCGACACACCCAAAUUCGUUUCUAAUUUGGGGAAUUCAAAUCGCGCGAUAUACCAAGUCAUGGAGCUACCAAACCGACCUGCCACUGAGAACAUUGCCCUUGAAGCAGGUCAACAAACUCGCCAGCUUAUCCCACGCCCUCUUUCAAAUAAGAGCAACGCCUUGUCUGGCGAUAAAAUUUCCCAGAUUGGACGAUAUUUACGCCUGGGUUGGAAAUGUGAAGCCAUCGCGAGCGCCUGCAAUGUUUCAAGAGCCACUAUCUUCCGGUAUCAAAGCAACCUCUUGUGGUAUGGCAGCCUCCGGAAACCUGCUUAUCGAAGCCUAGGACGAGCAAGGAAGCUAUCUCAAGCAGACGAGGAUGCUGUUUUUGAAUAUCUCCUUCAUGAGAGCUGGCGGCAACAAGAUGAAGUCAGAUCCUGGUUAUAUUAUGAGCGUGGUGUGGAUGUUAGUGUGCCAACAAUAUCUCGAUUAUUUAAGCGCCGUAAAUGGUCAAGAAAACAGCUUAAGCGAAUCUCGUUAAACCGGAGUGAACCUCUUCGCCGUGCCUAUCUUGAUGAUAUACGCCAAUUUGCAGCGGAUGAUCUUAUCUUCCUUGACGAGUCGAUAUUUAACGAGAAAACGGGCUGGCGUCGACACGCGUAUGCACCGAUUGGAGAUGAUGCUGAAAUAGAUGCAGAUAUAAAUUGGGGCAAGACAUGGAGCAUCUGCGCAGCAAUGACGCUGGAGGGCUAUCUUCCCUGUACUGGCAUAAAAGAUGGAUAUUAUAGUACUGGUGACUUUGCGGAUUGGCUUGAAACAAAAUUGAUACCAGCACUCAGCCAGAUACACCAAUUCCCAAUGGUUAUUGUUCUUGAUAACGUCAAGAUCCAUACACGCGAACACGUUAGUCAGAUUAUUGAGAGCGCAGGACAUCUUAUUCGAUAUUUACCACCAUAUUCACCCAAUUAUAACCCGAUAGAACUCACCUUUAGUGUUCUUAAAUCGUGGAUGAAAAGGAACUGGAUUUUCUUGCGUGAGACAUGCAGCAACUACGGUGAAUUUAUCCAUCUUUCGAUUCAACAGAGUCGUUGUGAUAGAUUCGCCAGAAAACACUUUAAACACGCUGGGAAUGGAGUGUAUAUUGAAGAGAAAGAACUCAUUGAAUUUCAUUAA